GGUGGCGCGCGACGGCGGCGGCGGCGGAGGGGAGUGGGCCAUGGCGGCGCGCGCGGGCCCUCCGCAGCAGGGGACCCUGGAGACCCGGAUGGCCCUUCUCGCGGCGCCCGCGCUAUUGCUGCUGCUCCUCUGGCUGCCGGGCCUGGCGGAUACAUCUUGUUGUUACCUUGCAAAGGGUAACUUAAUGUGUCGAGAUGUUUGUGAACAGAUUUUGACAUCCAAGAGUGAUUCUCAUUUGAGACACCUUCUACAACGUGCACCUGAAUAUUGUCCAGAAUCAAUGGGAGAAGUUUGGGGCUGUAUAAAUUCUUCUUUGCCAGGUGUUUUGAAGAAAUCUGAUGGCUGGGUUGGCUUAGGUUGCUGUGAGCUAGCCAUUGUUGUUGAAUGUCGACAAGCAUGUAAACAGGCAUCUUCAAAAAAUGGUAUUUUGAAAAUUUGCAGAAAAGAAUAUGAGGAAGUUGACCAAUAUUUGUUGGAGAACGAAAAGGACAGAGGCACUAAUGCCCUUUUUAAUUGCAUCAACAGAAAUGAAAUGGGAUCAGUUUGUUGCAGUUAUGCUGGUCAUCACACCAACUGUCGAGAAUACUGCCAAGCAAUCUUUCGAACGGAUUCUUCUCCAGGUCCUUCUCAGAUAAAAGCUGUUGAAAGUUACUGUGCCUCUGUUAGUCCACAGUUAAUUCAUUGUGUGAACAACUAUACACAAUCCUAUCCAAUGCGAAACUCCACAGAUAGUUUGUUCUGCUGUGAUAGAGCCGAGGAUUAUGCCUGCCAAACAGCUUGUAAAAGGAUUCUGAUGUCAAUGAAAACAGAACUUGAAAUUGUGGAUGCACUUAUUGAUAGCUGUAAAACAAUGCCUCUUCCGCAGGACCCUCUGUGGCAGUGUUUCUUGGAAAGCUCAAGAUCUGUUCACCCUGGAGUCACAUUACAUCCUCCACCUUCAACAGGCCUAGAUGGUGCUAAGUUGCACUGCUGUUCCAAAGCAAAUACUUCCAUGUGCAGAGAUUUAUGCACCAAGCUUUAUAGCAGCAGCUGGGGCAAUACACAGACUUGGCAAGAAUUUGAUCGUUUUUGUGAGUAUAAUCCUGCUGAGGUUUCCAUGCUGACCUGUUUAGCAGAUGUACGUGAACCUUGUCAGCUGGGCUGUAGAAAUCUCACCUAUUGCACUAAUUUUAAUAACAGGCCAACUGAACUUUUUAGAAGUUGCAAUGCCCAAUCGGACCAAGGCGCUAUGAACGAUAUGAAACUUUGGGAGAAAGGGAGCAUUAAGAUGCCAUUUAUAAAUAUUCCUGUUCUUGAUAUUAAAAAAUGCCAACCAGAAACAUGGAAAGCCAUUGCUUGUUUGCUGCAGAUUAAACCUUGUCAUAGUAAAUCAAGAGGAAGCAUAAUUUGCAAAUCAGAUUGUGUGGAAAUUCUCAAGAAAUGUGGAGACUUAAGUAAAUUUCCAGAGGGACAUAUGGCUGAAAGUGUUUGUGAACUUUUAUCUCCAACCGAUGAUUUGGAAACUUGCAUACCCCUAGAUACAUAUCUUCGUCCAAGUACUUUGGAUAACAUUGUAGAAGAUGUUACUCACCCCUGUAACCCAAAUCCUUGUGCUGCGAAUGAGUUGUGUGAAGUAAAUAGAAAAGGAUGUCAGCCUGAUGAACCAUGCCUUCCAUAUUUUUGUGUGCAGGGCUGCAAAUUGGGUGAAGCCUCUGAUUUUAUUGUCCGCCAAGGUACACUCAUUCAGGUUCCAUCUUCUUCAGGAGAGGUUGGUUGCUACAAAAUUUGUACAUGCAGUCAAAGUGGACUUUUGGAAAAUUGUAUGGAAAUGCAUUGUGUUGACCAUCAAAAGUCAUGCAUUGUUGGAGGGCAAAGAAAAAGCCAUGGAACAUCUUUCAAGAUAGAUUGUAAUGUCUGUUCUUGUUUUGCUGGAAAUUUGAUAUGCUCAACUCGCCAGUGCCUAAAUGAAUACAGCUCAGAUGAUGAACGCCGGAAAUCUACCGGUCUACCAUGCAACUGUGAGGAUGAAUUUGUCCCAAUGUGUGGGCACAAUGGACGAACCUAUCCAAGUGUUUGCAUAGCACGUUGUGUUGGGCUUCAGGACAAUCAGCUUGAAUUUGGGUCCUGCAUAUCUCCUUGCAAAUCUAAUCCCUGCCUAAAAAAUCAGAGAUGCAUACCAAAGCCACAAGUUUGCCUAACCAGUGUUGAGAAAUUUGGAUGUAAUCAAUAUGAAUGUGUGCCCAGGCAGUUCAGUUGUGGUGACCAGUUGCGAGAUCCUGUUUGUGACACAGACAAUAUAGAAUAUGCAAACUUGUGUACUCUACAUCAAAAAGGAAAAAGUAUGUCAUACAAAGGCCCAUGUCAGUCUUUUUGCAGAUCAGUAGAUCUGGUAUGUGGCCAUAAUGGUGAAACAUACAGCAAUGUAUGUGCUGCCUAUUCUGAUCGUGUGGCUGUAGAUUACAGUGGACCUUGUCAAGCUGUAGGAGUCCUUUCCGACUACAGUUACCAAGGAGAAUGUGCAUCUGUUACAUGCCCUCGUCUUUCAGAUACUGGUUACAGGCCAGUUACUCCACCAGGAGCAUGCUGUCCUCUAUAUGCAGGGAUGCUGCGGGUUUUGUAUGAUAAAGAAAAGCUGGAUAUCUUUGCCAGGGUAACCAAACGUCCAAUUACAGUACUUGAAAUACUACAAAAAAUUCGUCUCCAUGUUUCUGUACCACAGUGUGAUGUAUUUGGAUACUUCAGCAUAGAAUCUGAAAUUGUGAUACUUAUAGUUCCUGUUGAUCAGAAUCCCAAGCCACUUCAGAUUGAAGCCUGCAAUAAAGAAGCAGAAAAGAUAGAAUCACUGAUCAACUCCGACAGUCCUGCUUUAGCAUCCCACGUGCCACUCUCAGCACUUAUAGCAGCCCAAGUGGAAAUUUCAUUCGGAAUUUCAUCUUCCUGCAGUCAAGUUGUGCCAGCAUUGCAUUUGCUCUUUUGGAGCUUUGUGGUCACUUUCUCAGCCACACAAUGUAAGACAUAGUGGCAGCAGAACCUACAGUUAUUGUUGUGGGAUUUUGUAUUUGUUUUGCGAAAGACAUUCAGAACUGCUGAUAACCUAUAUUUCUUUUUGAGAGCUGGCAACUUGGUCAGAGUUGUCUUUCCAUGCAUUUCCACAAAGAAUAUUUGUCAUUACUAGAGUAGUAUACAUAAUUCAGCAGUCUUUUUAUUUAAAUUAUCAAACAAGUAGUCAUUUAUGACUUACUCUGGAAGCAGUUUGCAGAGAUAAGGACAGAGCCCAUUGUAUGUGUAUUCUUUUCUUUCAGCCCUCUGUUGUUUGGUCAGACACAUUUAGUGCUUCAAAAAUGGGCAACGUUUGGCUGAAUAGUAGCAGGACAAAAGAAAUAACAUAGACAUCGAUAACUCUAGCAUAUUGCUUUCAGUUCUCUGGAAAACAAUUUUCAAAUCUUAGAGUACAACCCACAUGCAAAAAUCAAUACAAUUCAGACAGUCUUUACAUGUUUUAUGGGAAGAACAUUUCACUGUACUCCGUGCUGCUUCACGUUGACUGUUCCUAGUACCUUUUUCGUUACUAUGUGUACUUCAAAACAUAGUUUUGAACACAAAAAGCAUAGCAUAUCCAAAGACUUUUAUGCAUAACAAGAUAUUUUGCACAACUCUAUUGGGAGGCUAUAUAUAGGAGCCUCCCAGCAGCAUAUAAGAGUUCAUUUUGUCAAAUGGUUAGUGGAAAUAAUGUCUUUUCUAUACUAUGCAGAGGUGGUUGGAGCUUUCCCUUCCAGCUUCCACUUACAGACAUUUAUGUAGGUCAACUGACACACACAACAGCAUCCUGGGUUUGCACAAAAGAUUGAUUUUUAAAAAAUUCUAUACAGUCUACAUUUGUUCACCUACACAAUACAAUAUCUGUUCCAUACCUGUCCAUUUCUUACUGUGAAGACAGAAUUAUUUUUCAGUUAAGGCAACUUUUUUUCCUUGAAAGAAGAAAUUGUGCAGAUUUUUCAACUUUAUUUUCAGCAGUAGACACAUGUUGCAUAAGAUUAUUGAAAAGUAUUAUUUUUAUAUGACUUAGAGGUAUAUCAUUCAAAAUGUUAAAACAUAAACCAAUUUUUAAACAUUGGUUUCUGACAAAAACAAAUUGCUGCUACUUAACAAUUUUACCAAAAACAAAAUGAAUAACUAAUGUUUUGUGUAAAUACAUAUUAUAUUUUAUUAUGAAGAAUAUGAUCACGGGGUUGAUUCUGCAAAGGUAACAUAGUGGAGCAAAAUUAUGGCCGCACAGAUAUGUUUGCAGAAUAUCCCCCGACAUUGUCAAUCAUAUUUUAAGCUAAUAUCCUCCUUAUAAAAAUGUAUGCAAGGUACAGAUUGAUGAUGCAAAUCGUUUACUCUGAUUUCCUUUUAGGAGUAAUGUUGUGAAGAAUUUUUAGCUAUUUAUACAUGUUAGAUACUGUAUUGUUUGCAUAUUAUCUAAAUUUACAUUUUAGCAUGUUAAUAUUUUAUACAAAGCAUAUAUUUUUUUAAAAAGGAACCAGUCCAUCAGCUAGUUCUCCUGUUUAGGUCCUAUUAAAGUAAGUGGGAUCUGGUAAAAGCACAGUAGUGAUGGUGUUCAGCUCCCAUCGUCUGGAAUCCUGUUGGUAUUCAACGCACAUGUAAAAGUCAAUUUUUGCAAGUUCUUGCACUUUCUCAAGGCUCUCACAGGGGUGGGACAAAGGGGGAAGUAGAAAGCUGCAAUCUCCGAGAUCUGAUUCUGCAACGGCUGUUGUUCAGAUGAGGAGUCUGUGGAGCUAAGAUGCUUUUGGAGGAGUGGGCAAUGCCAUUUUCCUGACCCUUAGAACACAGAGACCCAUAGAUCUGAGGACUGCCUCCCUCACCUCCAGAUCCAUUCAUAGGUGUCUUGGAGUAGGUAGUUUUCUCCUACCACCGUCACCACUUCUGAUUGUUCCUUCCUCAGUGUUACUGUCAGUUUUUCGUUGCCACAGUCACCUUUGACUUGAAUGUUCACAUACCAUAUUUCAUCACAUAAUAGUCACAUAAUGAUCCUUUAAUUGAAAAAUAGUGGUGUGAUUUCUACACAAUGAAAAAAAAUCUGUCUUUGAUUCUCCACUUUUGGGGUUGGCUUUUUUUUUUUAAAUAACACUAAGAUUUUUUUUCCUGGUUAUAAAUGUCAUUUCCUAAUUCGUUCUAUCAUAAAAACAUAGGAAAAGUUUAUUAAACUGCAAAAACUUUGUUUUUGCCGGACACAUGUUGCUAUAGUUUUUCAAUGAAUAUCUCGUAGAGUCUCAACCAAUUCAACAUAAUUUGUGGCAGCCAGAAAAACAAAGUUUCUGGAGUAUAACAACUAUUUUCAAAGUAAAUACUGCACACUUAAACAGGAAAUAACACUUUCAAUCCAGGAACAUUUUUUUUCAAAUUUUAUUAUAUAGUAUAAUAAAUUGCCUUAUCUCUUAGACAGGUAGGAUGAGCCUCAGACAAACAGCUCCAUUUCUGUUUGUUUGUGUUUUUUAAACUGCCUUGCCAAGGAGGUAAGAGAAGAUUCCCCCUCCCUUCCUUCUUCCUCUGAAAGGAAGGCAGUUUACAAAAUAUGAAAUGGAUCUCUUUGGAGAGGAGGAUUGAAGGAAAAUUUGAGUUCCAGAGACCAUUUCACAGUUAUAACUGUUAUGUAAGGAAUACAGAAAUGCUAAUUUUGCUACCCAAAAAAUGGGGACUAUUACACGAUGGAGACUAUUGUGUGAUAACAUACGGUAUGUGUCAAAGCAAACAGGAUUUAGGCCAGUCCUUUUGACUCAUCCAGGAGACCCUGCUGAAUAUAUCUUUUUAGUCUUUAUGCACCUGAACUUUAUUUACAUGAAGUAUUUUGUAUCAGUAUUAUGAAAGCUAACUUUUGAAGGAUAUGCAGGUAACAUUGUUUUUGCCAAAUUAUUGAAUAUAAGAAGAAAGCACUGAAAGUUAAUUUCAGCAUUGGUGUUGUUCUCACGACUUUGUGACACGUGUCUUGCUUUGAUUGUUACAAAAUGAAAAAGCUGCAAUGCAAUAUGAAAGCUUUUAUUUUAAUAAAAAUAUUUUCUCAUGUGUCCUUUAAAA